CUAACUUUACAUCAGUGAGAGCAAUAGGGAGAAAGAGUCAAGAAAGCAACAGGAACAAAGUUGUAGGACCUGCACCGCCGUGUUCAGUUGUGAAAUGCUGUAACCGACUUCCAGUUUUAGGGACACAGCAAGCUGUAAACUACUAAGACAUCAUCGGAGUUUUGCUCGGCAUUAAACAGCAAAGAGGCGUCUCGUGAAUCUUUUUUUAAGGGAGCAUAUCGUGGAGACUGGAUGCUCUUCAGGAAGGGUCUCCUUACUUUAUCUGAGCUUGGACUUAAGCUUUGAUAAGGAAGGUGCUCUGUGCCUUGUAGAAAAUGCCUUAAACUGCUUGGACUUUUGUUCUCGGAAACAACUUUGGCACAUUAGGCCUUGUUUGUACAUUUUGAAGUUGUUUUGAGGGAACGCGUUUCCUGACCCCUGUGACAGACGGUGGAGGGGCAGAAGAAGAGCUUUCCCACUGUUUCCAAAGUGGCUUUGGGGUGCACCACAUAGUUUGAUCUGCUUGAUUAUUAAUCUACAAUGGCAUUACAAGGAGACACUGCAGAAGGAGGAGUCAAUGAAGAGUUUAAUGAAAUCAUCAAGUGGAGAUCAGAUGAGCAUGACGCUGUACAGAAGAAAACAUUCACCAAAUGGAUAAAUGCACAGUUCUCUAAGACAGGAAAGACCCCCAUCAAAGAUUUGUUUUCAGACCUGAGAGAUGGAAAAAAGCUGCUGGACCUGUUGGAGGGUCUCACAGAAACAGUCCUGACCAAAGAGCGAGGUUCCACCAGGGUGCACUCCCUCAACAAUGUCAACAAAGUGCUGCAAGUUCUGCAUCAAAACAAUGUUGAUUUGGUAAACAUCGGAGGGACCGAUAUUGUCGAUGGAAACCACAAACUGACGUUAGGCCUCAUCUGGAGCAUUAUUCUUCACUGGCAGGUGAAGGACAUCAUGAAGGACGUCAUGUCCAACCUGCAGCAGACCAACAGUGAGAAGAUCUUGCUAAGUUGGGUACGACAAUGCACGCGCUCGUACUCGGAAGUCAACGUGCUGAAUUUCACCACGAGCUGGUCUGACGGACUGGCCCUGAACGCAAUCCUCCACCAUUUCAGGCCAGAAGCAUUCAGCUGGGAUCAGGUGGUCAAAAUGAGCCCUGUGGAGAGACUCGACCACGCUUUCACCUUCGCCAAAAACCAGCUAGCUAUAGAGAAGCUCCUGGAUCCCGAAGACGUGGCGGUGCAGUUACCAGAUAAAAAGUCCAUCAUCAUGUACGUUACCUCGCUGUUUGCCGUGCUUCCCAAAGAUGUGAGCAUGGAGGCUAUCAGAGAGGUGGAGACGCUGCCUCGCAAAUACAAAGUGGAGGCUGAAGACUCAAAUCCAGGACUCGGCACACAGAGUGUGCAGAUGGAGGAGGCAGGCAGCAGCCCGCGACCCGAGACCCCCAGCACCCUGAUGGAGACAGAGGGGGAGAUGGACGGCAGCCUGCUGGAAGUGGACCUCGACAGCUACCAGACAACUCUGGAGGAGGUUUUGACUUGGCUGCUGUCAGCCGAGGAUGCGCUGCAUAUUCAGGAUGAGGUGUCGGACGAUGUGGAAGAAGUUAAAGACCAGUUCCACACACAUGAGGGGUUUAUGAUGGAGCUGACCGCUCAUCAGAGCAGCGUGGGCAAUGUGCUGCAAGCGGGAAACCAACUGAUUGUUCAGGGCAACCUAACAGAUGAGGAAGAAGAGGAAAUUCGAGAGCAGAUGACUCUCCUCAACUCUCGCUGGGAGAGUCUCCGAGUGGCCAGCAUGGACCGCCAGGCCAGGCUCCACGAGGUUCUGAUGGAGCUGCAGCAGCAGCAGCUACAGCAGCUCUCUGAUUGGCUGACACUGACAGAGGAGCGAAUCAAAAAGAUGGAGACGGAACCAGCAGCCAAGGACAUGGAUGUUUACAAGGAAAACAUAGAAAAACAUAAAGAACUUCAGAAUGACUUGGAGGCGGAGCAGGUAAAGGUCAACUCUCUGACGCACAUGGUGGUCGUGGUGGAUGAGAACAGCGGUGAGAGUGCCACUGCUGCCCUGGAGGAGCAAUUACAAUCUUUGGGUGAGCGCUGGGCAGCUGUCUGCCGCUGGACAGAAGAAAGGUGGCAUAAGCUGCAAGAGGUUUUCUUAGUUUGGCAACAGCUUUUAUCAGAUCAGAGUUUGAUUAGAGAAUGGUUGGCAGAAAAAGAAGAGGCUUUAAGCCACGUCCAAACCUCCAACUUCAGAGAUCCCAGUGAAAUGAACGCGAAUGUGCGACAACUAACAAUUUUAAAGGAGGACAUGGAGAAGAAGAGGCGGACUCUGGACAAGCUGUCGGAUGCCGGUCAGGAUGUGAUGCAGCUGCUUCAGAGUGCCGAAGCAGGAGCCAAGAUUGAGGCCGACACAGAGGAGCUGACUCACAGAUGGGACAACCUUGUUCAGAAACUGGAGGACUGCUCCUUCCAGGUAAUGGAGGCCGUAACAGAAUCUGGAAUCCCUCAGAUGGAGGAAAAAGUGACGGAGGCAGCAGCUUCUCCUGCUGUUGAUCAGGAGCUGGCCCAACCUGCUCCUGCUAAGAAACGACUGGUGGAGACAGAUGCAGAAAUCAGACGAAUGUUUGAAAAUAAGCUCUCUGACUUAACAAGCUGGAUUCAGACGUGGAAGAUGUCCGCUCGGUCGCUGUGCUCCACGCCCCCUGAAACCACAGCUGAUGCCCCAGACCUGCAGGAAAAACUAAAUGAGAUGAAAUUGCAACUGAAGGCAAAGGAAAGCACAGUUAGGGAACUAACAAAAGAAGGACGCAACCUGAUGGAGCAACUAGAGAGAGAGGGAGCAGGUGUGGACUCGGUGAGGGAAAACGUAGACCUGAUUCAGACCGAGUGGGACGUCUGUUCCAGGGAGCUCCAGGCCGCCCGAGACCGGGUUCUCACUCGGACCCGGAUCAGACAAGUUUCCUCGGAGCUUGCUGACCUCAACCAGAUGUUGGAGAAACAAGAUCAGUGGCUGGCUACAACUUCACUCGUAAAAAGCAACAACGAGGUUGAGCUGAGAAACCUGAGUGGAGAAUGUAAGUCCCGCCUCGCUCAGGUCACUGCCGUAGGUCCGCGACUCGAACAGCUGUCUUCGGAGGCAGGAACUCUGGGAACGGUGCCGUCUCUGAAAGACAACAUGGUCGUGGUUUCUGCACAUCACUCCUCCACACUACAGCAGCUGCAGAACAGAGAACAAGACGUGAAUCAAGCCUUGGCCAACGUCGAAGCCAACCAGGUGGUUCAGGAUGCGGUGGACGGCCUGGAGGCCAGUAUGGCGGCUUUGAAAGACGGAGUCGUAGACGUUCACACAGCAGAAAGGGCAGUGGAGCGGGCACAGGGCCUGUGUUUGGAGAUUGAACAAAAACAACAAGCCACUGAUCCAGCUGAACUACAAAAAUGGAGCCAGCUCUCUUCAAAAGCCCGCGAGGAGCAUGGCAUGCUGCAGUGCAUUCUGGGCAGCAUGAAAGACAAUCAGGUGCGUUUGGAACAAGUGGAGCGCUGGCUGGAUGCAGUUCAGGAGCUGCUGUCGAGGGACGCCACAGGGAUGGGCGAUGCUGAGAAUCUGCAGGCAGAGCUUAAUCAGUGCAAGGAGUAUGUUACUGAGAUGGAGCUCAUGGAACGUUCAUUAAUGCAGAUGGAAGAAAAUGUACAAGCUGUGCAGGCGACUGCAGUCCCAGGACUGGCCCAGUGGGGGCAGGAUAAGUUGGACCAUUGUCAAGAAAGAUGGGCCACACUCAGUAAACAGCUCUUGAGUCAUCAGGAGCAUGUGGCUGAGAACCAGGAGAAGCAACUGAACCUGAAGAAAGACCUGGCAGAGAUGCAGGAGUGGAUGGCCCAGGUUGACGAAGAGUUUCUAAUGAGAGACUUUGAGUAUAAAAGUCCUGAGGACUUGGAGGUGUCACUGGAGGAGAUGAAGCGUGCUAAAGAGGAUGUGCUACAGAAGGAAGUGAAAGUGAAAAUCCUGAAGGACAGCAUCAACCUGCUGGUGUCCCAAACAUCGCACCCCGCUGGAGGCUCCGGACAGGAGCUGACCUCCGAGUUAGACGGAGUGCUAGCCAAUUACCACAAACUCUGUGACCGCCUCAAGAGCAAAUGUCACACACUGGAGGAGGUCUGGUCUUGUUGGAUGGAGCUGCUUCAGUACCUGGACAUGGAGCAGGGCUGGCUCAACACUGUAGAGGAGAAACUUCAAGCUACUGAGAACGUACCAGAGAGCACUGAGACGGUCACUGAAGCUCUGGAGUCUUUGGAGGGCGUGCUGCGCCACCCCGGAGACAACCGGACGCAGAUCAGAGAGCUGGGUCAGACACUGAUAGACGGGGGCAUACUUGAUGAACUAAUCAGUGAAAAGCUUGAGGCCUUCAACUCCCGCUACGACCAGCUCAACCAUCAGGCAGUGAACCGGCAGAUUGGCCUGGAGCAGCAGCUGCAGACACUAAAGGAGAACGAACAGGCGCUCCAAACACUGCAGGAGUCCCUGAACCAGCUGGACCACACACUAACGUCCUACCUCACUGAUCGCGUAGACGCGUUUCAGCUCCCCCUGGAGGCACAGACCAUCGGUGCAGAGAUUGCUGCUCUUGAGGUCACGGUAGAAGAGAUGAAGCGAAGGAAUGUGACCAACUUGCCUCCUCCCACCGCAGAGGGAAAAUCGGCUCGUGGUGCCACCAUGCUGGACCAGCUACAGAGGAAACUGAGAGAGAUCUCCACGAAGUACCAGCUGUUCCAGAAGCCGGCCAAUUUUGAGCAGCGCAUGUUGGACUGUAAGCGAGUUCUGGACGGUGCUAAAGCUGAGCUACAUAUUCUGGAUGCCAAAGAUGUGGAACCUGAAAUAAUCCAGUCCCACCUCAGUGGUUGCAUGAAACUGUAUAAGUUGCUGAGCGAGGUGAAGCUGGAGGUGGAGACGGUGAUAAAAACAGGUCGUCAGAUUGUGCAGAAACAGCAGACAGAAAAUCCCAAAGCCAUGGACGAACAGCUUACUGCUCUAAAGCUGCUCUACAAUGACCUGGGGGCUCAGGUAACAGAGGGCAAACAGGACCUGGAAAAAGCCCUGUCUCUGUCUCAGAAGUUUCAGAAAGAGAGCGCUGCCCUGCAGGAGUGGCUGAGCACUAAUGAAGCUCAGCUACAGCAGAAGAACAGCUGUGGAGACAUGCCAGCUGACAUCGAGGACGAGAUUAGAUGGGCUAAUGGCCUGCUGAAGGAGUCGGAGCUUCGGAAGGCGGAGCUUUUCAACCUGACGGAGAUCGGCGCGGGUCUGCAGACGCUGGUGGAGGGUAGCGAGGCUCAGCUGGAGGGCAAACUCUGCGGUCUGAACGAAGCAUGGGACCAAGUUCGCACCUGGACCGAAGACUGGCUGAGUGCUGUUCUGAGUCACCAGAAUGAGGUGGAGAUCUUCGAUGAGAACCUGGCUCAUAUCAGCACCUGGCUCUACCAGACCCAGAUCCACCUGGACGAGGCCGAGCGGAUGCCUCCGGCUGAGAGAGGAAAAGUGCUGACGAGCAUGCUGGAGCAGCUGGACGUGAUCAGUCUGCGUGUGGACAAUGCGAGGGACCAAGCCGUCAUCCUCAUGACGAGCAGGGGGCCCGCCUGUCGAGAUGUCGUUGAGCCCAAGCUGGCAGAGUUGAACUGCAACUUUGAUAAAGUUUCCCAACACAUAAAAUCUAUCCAGAUGAUGACCAGCCUGGAGUCAGGGAAUUUUGAAGUAAACCAACAGAUACCUCAGGAGGUCACUCGCAGUCAGGAGAGCCAAGAAGAAAGUCAGACUCAGCUUGCUCAGACCGUGUUCCCAACUGAGAUAAAGGACCUUCAGGCAGAGCUGCAGGACAAGUUGAAGACUCUACAUGAGGAGCAGGACCCAGUAAACAUCCUUGAUGAUGAUAAGAUGGACGAGGAGAAGGCCAACGUUGAGGACUUGCUGAGAAGAGGAGAGGAGCAGCUGCAGCAAACUUCAGACGAGGCUCAGAAGGAAGAGUUGAGAGUAAUGCUGCUCAGGUUGCAGAGCCAAUAUUCUGCCCGCAGGGAAUUUCUUAGAAAUAGGCAGGUUACAAUCUCUGAGGUGCCAUCAUCUUCCCUCAUCUUCGGAGAUCAGACAUCAGAGUUUACUGCUGAGGAGACGUCUGCAACAGGUCGCAGCAGAGCUCAGACACUCACUCCUUCUGACUACCUGUUGGAGAUCAACAAAGUUCUUCUCGCCAUGGCCGACAACGAGCUGCUCUUGAACUCCUCGGAGCUUAAUGGGGGGCUUUAUGAAGACUUUUCAAGUCAGGAGGACACACUGAAGUCUAUUAAGGACAAUUUGGAGAAUCUGGGUGAGCAGAUACACGGGAUCCAUGAGCGACAGCCUGAAGCGAUGCGAGAUGCUUCCCCGGACGAAGUGGUUCAAAUAGGAGACAACCUAACACAGCUCAACGCAGAGUGGGACCGCCUCAAUCGCAUGUACAAUCAGCGCAAAGGGAGUUUUGACCGUGCCAUUGAGGAGUGGGGGCGCUUUCACUGUGACUUGAAGGAUCUGAGUCAAUGGCUGACUGAAGCUGAGAUACUGCUGUCCGAAAGCGUCGGCCCUGAUGGGCAGCUCGACCUCGGAUAUGCACGGCAACACCAGGAGGAGCUGGAAGAAGGACUUUCCAGUCAUCAGCCAGUCCUUACUGGACUGACUCGCACUGGGGAGCAGAUAAUCGGGCAGCUUUCACCUCCAGAUGGGCCUCUACUGGAAGAGAAGCUGGAAACUCUGGUGCAGCGCUGGAGAGCCGUCAAACGUCAGGUCUUAGACAGACAGCGCAGGCUGACUGGAGAGGAUCCAGCCCUGUUAGACCUGGUGAGGAGAUAUGAGCAUCUUGCUGUGUGGCUGGAGCAGGCGGAAAACGCUGCCAGCUCCCUGCCAGUCUCAGCCACUGACGAAAACCUGAAAGAGCUCAAGGCUCUUGCUGUGGAAAUGGAUGCUCAGAAUGAACGCCUUGGUUGGCUAAACAAACACGCUCCCCAGAUCUUGGCCAGCCCCAGUGUGAGCCUUCAAAGCAGAGACCAUCAUGUUGGAAAACUCAGAGCCAUCAAUCUCAAAUGGAGCAAGGUGACCCAUGACUUGCUGGAUAAGGUGGGGGAGGUGGAGACAAACCUGCAGAGUCACACUCUGUUCCAGGACAGAAUGGCCAAGCUGACGGACUGGGUCAUCAUCACAAACCAGACAAUUGUGACAAGAGGACUAAAUCCUGUCCAGGCUCAGGCUCUCGAGGUCUCCAUGAAAGACAGGAAGAAGGACCUGGAGGACUUACUGGCUCAUUCUAUCGAGCUGCAGAAACAUCAGCAGCUGUCGCCUCAGGAAAAGGGUAAAGUAGAGCAGCUGGCUGCUGACUGGAAAGCCCUGGAUGGCCAUUUAAGGGAAUCUCUUCAGGUUCCCGUCUCUCCAUGGACACAUCAGCAACAUGUUGUCCAGCACCAACAGCUUGUGUCUUCGGUGCCCUCAGCUGUUCACAUGGCCAGCUUGGCGAGUGAGGACUCCCGUCUUCGGGCCCCGUACUCGGCGGACACUGUGGCCCCCACUGAUUUGAACAAACGUGCCACAGAAAUGGCCGACUGGCUUCUUCUCAUCACUCAGAUGCUUAAAUCUAACAUCGUCACUGUAGGAGACACAAAAGAGAUCAGGACGACUAUAGGACGCCUUCAGGUGACAAAAAGUGACCUGGAGCAGCGUCACUCCGAGCUGGAAGACAUCUUCACCUUGGCACAGAACAUUAAAAACAAAACCUCAAACGUUGAUGUCCGCACCUCCAUUUCUGAAAAAUUGGAGAAAGUGCGCAGCCAGUGGGACAGCACUCAGCAUGGCAUUGAAGCCCGACUUCAGCAGCUGGAAGACAUGACUGUCCACAGCAAUCAGUGGGAGGAGAAAAGGAAGGAGGUGAAAGCCCUUAUUGCUCAUAACGAAGGACUCUUCCACAACCUUCUGCAGCGGGCCAAAGAUCCCUUGACUAAACAGCUCGAGGACUCCAAGGAGUUUUCCCAAGCCCUGGGCCAAGACCAAAUCGCAGCCUUCAACGAGCUUUCCAACCACCUUUUACGAGAGUAUUCCUCCGAUGACACCAGGAGAAUCAAAGAGGUCGCAGACAAACAGAACGUGGCCUGGAACAGCCUCAGCAAGAGGGCAAAUGACCGUCGUGCUCAGUUGGACAGCGAGCUGAAGGAGGUCCAGGUGUCUCUAAAGGAGCUGGAGUCCUUCCUCAGGUGGCUGCAGGAGGCCGAGACGACAGUCACCGUCCUGUCCGACGCCUCCCAGAGGGAAGACGUGUCCCAGGAUUCUGCCAACGUGAAGGAGCUGAGGCGACAACUGGAGGACAUCCAGGCAGAAAUUGAUGCCCACAAUGACAUCUACAAGAGUGUGGAUGGGAACAAAUCGAAGAUGGUCAAAGCUCUGGGCAACUCGGAGGAAGCUGUGUUCCUCCAGCAUAGGCUAGAUGACAUGAACCAACGCUGGAGUGACCUCAAGGCCAAAUCAGCCAACAUCCGAGCCCACCUGGAGGCGAGUGCGGAGCGCUGGUCACGUCUUCUGGGCCUCCUCGAGGAGCUAUGGCGUUGGAUCUGCACGAAGGACGAGGAGCUGGCCAAGCAGAUGCCUGUCGGAGGGGAUGUGCCCACUUUGCUGCAGCAGCAGAACCACUGCAUGACUCUUUGCUCUGAACUGAAGGAACGCGAGCAUUUGGUAAUCAGCACUUUGGACCAGGCCAGGAUGUUUCUCGCUGACCAACCCAUUGAGGGACCUGGAGAGCCGCGGAAAAAUCUGCAGCCAAAGACCGCAGAACUCACCCCAGAGGAGAAGGCCCGAGGACUGGCCCGAGCCAUCCGCAAGCAGACUGGGGAGGUGAGGGAGCGGUGGGAGCGGCUGAAGGGCCACGUGGGAGGCUGGCAGGCUCAGGUGGAGCAAGCUCUGGAGCGACUCCAGGACCUGCAGAGCUCCAUGGACCAACUCGACCUGCAUUUGACACGGGCAGAGGAGACCAAAGCUACCUGGCAGCCGGUGGGCGACCUGCUCAUCGACUCUCUUCAGGACCACAUCGAUAAGACAUCAGCCUUCAGGGAGGAGAUCACCCCCCUCCGUCAGGAUGUCCGGGUAGUCAACGAGCUUGCUGCUGAGCUCACACCGCUGGACAUCCAGCUGUCUUCUACUGCCUCCAGACAACUGGAUCAACUCAACAUGAGAUGGAAGAGUCUGCAGGUAGCGGUGGAGGACAGACUGAAACUCCUUCAGGAAGCGCACAGGGACUUUGGCCCCUCCUCUCAGCAUUUCCUCUCCACAUCUGUACAGCUCCCCUGGCAACGUGCAGUCUCUCAGAACAAGGUUCCCUACUACAUAAAUCACCAAACACAGACGACCUGCUGGGAUCAUCCAAAGAUGACGGAGCUCUACCAAUCUCUAGCGGACUUGAAUAAUGUGAGAUUCUCAGCGUACCGGACAGCCAUGAAGAUUCGCAGACUGCAAAAGGCUCUUUGCUUGGACCUGCUGGAUCUCAGUGUUGCCCAGAACACCUUUGAGCAACACAAACUCACCAACAACAGCCACCUGCUCUCCGUCCCAGAUGUCAUCAACUGCCUGACGUCCAUCUACGACGGCCUGGAGCAGGAGCACAAAGACCUGGUCAACGUGCCUCUCUGCGUUGACAUGUGCCUCAACUGGCUGCUCAACGUUUAUGACACCGGCCGCAGUGGGAAGAUCCGCGUUCUCUCCAUGAAGAUCGGCUUGCUGUCUCUCUCCAAGGGGCACUUGGAGGAGAAGUACAAAUAUCUCUUCAGCCAGGUAGCGUCAGCCGGUGACACGUGUGACCAGAGGCAGCUCGGUCUGCUGCUCCACGAAGCCAUCCAGAUCCCCAGGCAGCUGGGGGAGGUGGCCGCGUUCGGGGGGUCCAACAUCGAACCGAGCGUCCGCAGCUGCUUCCAGCAUGUGAACAACAAGGUGGAGCUGGAGCCUCGGCAGUUUGUGGACUGGAUGCGGCUGGAGCCUCAGUCGAUGGUCUGGCUCCCCGUCCUGCACAGGGUGGCUGCCGCAGAGACGGCCAAACAUCAGGCCAAGUGUAACAUCUGCAAAGAGUGUCCGAUUGUGGGCUUCAGGUACCGCAGUUUGAAGCACUUCAACUACGACGUGUGUCAGAGCUGCUUCUUUUCUGGGCGUACUGCCAAGGGCCACAAGCUCAACUACCCCAUGGUUGAAUACUGCACGCCGACAACAUCAGGCGAGGACAUGAGAGAUUUCACCAAAGUGCUGAAGAACAAAUUCCGAUCGAAAAAGUACUUUGCCAAGCAUCCGCGGCUGGGUUACCUGCCAGUCCAGACAGUCUUGGAGGGAGACAACAUGGAGACUCCCGUCACUCUCAUCAGCAUGUGUCCGGAGCAGUAUGAGCUGUCCCAGACACCUCAGCUCUCUCACGACGACACCCACUCCAGGAUAGAGCAGUAUGCCAGCAGGUUGGCUCAGAUGGAGCGCUCCAAUGGCUCUCUGCCCACGGACAGCAGCUCAGCUACAGGAAGCAUGGAUGACGAACACGCUCUGAUCAUCCAGUACUGCCAGACGCUGGGCGGAGAGGGCUCCCCGUCCAGCCAGCCGCAGAGUCCUGCCCAGAUACUACAGGCUGUGGAGAGGGAGGAGAGAGGCGAGCUGGAGCGGAUCAUCGCCCAACUGGAGGAGGAACAGAGGGCCCUGCAGAGGGAGUACGAACAGCUAAGAGAACAGCAUGGCCAACGAGGCGCCCCAGCUGCAACGCCCUGGGAGUCGGAGGGCCAGUCCGCUCUUCCUGACGAGGCUGAUCUUCUGGCUGAAGCCAAGCUGCUGCGACAACACAAAGGCCGGCUGGAGGCGCGCAUGCACAUCCUGGAGGAACACAACAAGCAGCUGGAGUCGCAGCUCCACCGCCUGCGACAGCUACUGCACCAGCCGGAGGCGGACUCGAGAGUAAACGGAGCAUCAUCCCCCACUGUGCAAGAUAGAGGACCACUUAUGGAAAACUCGGAAGAGCUGCUUGCCCCCCACAACAGCAGCUCUGACCUGGCAGAUGUAAUGGAGCAGAUUAACAACUCCUUUCCUGCAUGCAGUCCCUCAAGCCUCUCCUCAAGACCACAGGCCAUGUGAAGACUAGCAUCAUUCCCAAACAAAAACAAUUCCCUGCCCCAAAAUCCCAAAGACGCACAGGAGCAGACAGCCGAACUAGUUUUACCAUCUCGUCUUGUACUAUGCAACUGUAGAUUGUACCCGAACUUGAUUGAACUCGUGUCAGUUUUAUUUCUUUCUUUAGAUUUCCAGAUGUACUGUAUAGGAAAAAAUAUGGUUUCUUACAAAAGAUUGGUUUGGGAUUUUGUGAUCGGAUUUUGCCUUCACUGGGAAAUCAAACUGUUACAUUUUGUGUCA